CUAUAAAUGCACAACUCUCAGCCUCAUUAUUCCAACACCAUUUUGGCUAUUCAACAAGUUUCCAUAACAACUCUCAUGGCCGAUUUCACACAAGAUUUUCAAAGCUUCAGACACUCAAAUUUUGAAAUGGAUAUGGAUCCAAUUAUGGAACAAAUACACCAGUUCAAUCUCCUCGGCAACUCAAACUUGAAUAAUUGUCAAACCUUCAUGCCUUUCUGCACUGAGAACUUCUUUAACCAUCAAACACUACUGGACUUCCCUGGAAGUUUGGCCGAAACUUUUCCAGGUUUUUUCCUGCAAAGCAAUCAGAGUAUUGUGCCUGUAGUUCCUCAAUCUACAGUCACAUCUGAAAAUGAAAUUCACGAGAGCAAGAAGAGAAAAGCAAUGGAUAUAUUAGAAAGCAGCUGUGAGAACUCUUCUCCUGCAGUUUCCGAAACUGGGAUUAAGAGGAAAAAUACUUCAGGGAGAAGAAAGAGAGCGAAAAACAAUGAGAAGGAAGAGGAAGAACCAAAGGAAGUUGUUCAUGUGAGAGCUAGAAGAGGACAAGCUACUGAUAGCCACAGUUUAGCAGAAAGGGUUAGAAGAGGGAAAAUCAAUGAAAGACUAAGAUGCUUACAAGAUAUUGUUCCAGGAUGCUAUAAGACAAUGGGUAUGGCAGUAAUGUUGGAUGAGAUAAUUAAUUAUGUUCAGUCCUUGCAGAAUCAAGUUGAGUUUCUCUCCAUGAAGCUUACUGCAGCAAGCACAUUUUACGACUUCAAUUCAGAGUCAGACGCCAUAGAAAAAAUGCAGAGGGCAAAGGCAAAUGAAGCAAAAGAUGAGUUGGAAGGAUGGUUGAGAGAAGGAUAUGGAGGAAUUGGUUGCUCCCAAAUAAGAAGGCCAUUCUGACUUUCACUUUUCUCUUCCAUACGAACACAUGAAGAUGCUCUAAUAUGUCCUAAAAUUUCUCCAAUUUCAAGAAAUUUGUCCCCACUUCAUGUUAUACAUAGCUAGAACUUCUGGACUUUGUGUAUACUUUGUAAUUGCCACUCACACAUGUGGGGGAAUUGGAAUUCAGUCAGUAAUAUUAAUUUUUAAAAGAGAAGAAAAACGAAAAGAAAAUCUUAUCCCUUCGUUAUCUAUCUUCUGUCCGGUUUUGUUUCCUAUGGAUCAGAAUCUAUUUGGAUCCACAUAUAACAGUAUGAAAUAUGAUGCCAUUUUUAUA